AUGUUUGGCGCAGCUCCUGGGGCAUUGAGCCUCUGGCUGCUCGCCAACGUGGUCAGUGGGCAGGCAGAUCGACAAUCAGCCAGCCCGGGCUAUGCCGGGAGAGACGCAUGCCCGGCUCGUUGCAGUAUCUCAGGACCAAACCCUUCCAACUGGUCGGUCUAUCAUAACCUCAACCAGCUCCAAUCCUGCCAGGAGACUCAGUUUUACCAUUUUAACCUGCACGACGAAGUUGACGACGCAAACACCUUCCAUCGCAUUUAUGCCUGCACAUCAUAUGGCUCUGAUUGGGCAAACCUACCAAAAUCGGUGACAGCUGAAACGCAGUCCGUUCGCGAAGAACAGUCUUAUGAAAUAGGAUGGUUGUCUGAAGGUGGCAGGCUUGCUUCCUCCGGUAUCUAUUCACUGUCUAUGCAGUUGCGCCAGUAUUUGGAAAACGGACACGGAGUUACAAACACAACAGUGCUGCUCUUUGGUUACUCAAGCCAAGCCGCUGUUGGUAUUUAUAUUGGCAAAGGCUUGCAAAAUAGAGGAGUUGGCUCGUUUACUCUGAAGACCUUGGAAGCCUUUGUAUUGGAUCCAGGGGUUAAGGCGUCGAGUAUUGGCAUGCAACUGUGCCAGCCAGGUUAUGACGCUGAUCAUAUCUUUGGUUUCAUAGCCACCAGCAAUGGAUCCUUCAGCCAUAUACAAAGUGCACUCAGGACUUGGACCAAGGCAGACUGUCUCUCCUUUACCAAUUCCAAGAAUGUUACUGGCCCAGCCUAUUUCAUCACCCCUCCGCUAGGCGCUAAAACAAACUCAACUCUGUGUGGUACUAACGCCACUAUGUCCACUUCCACCAGAAGCGCCAGAAGCGAGCGUCUAUCGGCCCGAGCCGACUGCCGGACGAUCCAAGUCCAAGCGGGCGAUAGUUGCGGCUCUUUAGCCAAGAAAUGUGGCAUUGCCGAUGCUGACAUAAUAAAAUACAAUUCUGCUUCUAACUUCUGUUCAACUCUGAGGCCGCUUCAGCAUAUUUGUUGCUCAUCUGGAACCCUUCCCGAUUUUAAACCCAAGCCGAAUCCAGAUGGAUCAUGCUAUACGCAUACAUUCGAGGCUGGUGAUAGCUGCUCAAGCGUUGCAGCUGCGAAUGGUCUUACAAAUGACGAUCUGGAAAAUUUUAAUAAGAAAACUUGGGCAUGGAAUGGAUGCUCUAACGUUUGGGCUGGCACGAUUGCUUGUCUAAGUGCAGGAAGGCCGCCAUUUCCAGCACCGAUGGCCAAUGCUGUAUGCGGUCCACAGGUGCCAGGAACCAAGGCGCCAACAGACGAUAGCGACAUCGCCAGCCUCAACCCUUGCCCAUUAAAUGCAUGCUGUAAUGUCUGGGGACAGUGUGGCAUUACCAAAGAGUUUUGCAUCAAUACGGGCACAGGUGCACCGGGGACUGCCAAACCUGGUACCAAUGGCUGUAUAUCAAACUGCGGUGUCUCGAUCAUCCGUGGCAGCGCGCGUGAGUCACCUAUUAAACUCGGUUAUUUUGAGGGUUAUAGCUUCUCGAGUCGUGAUUGUCUCUACCAAGAUGCCCUCCAAAUUGAUGCCUCACGAUACACACAUCUGCACUUUGCUUUCGGCUCGAUUACACCUGACUACGAGAUCAACACUGGAGAUACUCUGACUACCUAUGAGUUUAAUAACUUCAAAUUUAUCAAAGGACCGAAGAGAAUAUUAUCAUUUGGUGGCUGGACUUUCUCUAAUAGCCCAGAGACUUAUACAAUUUUUCGUCAGGGUGUCACACGUGCCAAUAGACUUAAAUUGGCUACCAACAUUGCUAACUUUAUAAAGAAGCAUGGCCUUGAUGGAGUUGAUAUUGACUGGGAGUAUCCUUCAGCACCUGACAUUCCCGGUAUCCCUCCUGGCUCUAAGGACGAAGGUGAAAACUAUUUGGCCUUCCUCGUCGUUCUAAAAAAUCUGCUACAGGGCAAAUCAGUUUCAAUUGCGGCUCCUGCCUCGUACUGGUAUUUAAAGGGCUUUCCCAUUAACCAGAUUGGGAAAAUCGUGGAUUAUAUUGUUUAUAUGACCUAUGACCUGCACGGCCAAUGGGACUCAGGGAGCACGUUUGCACAGCCUGGAUGCCCAUCAGGAAUGUGUCUCCGUAGCCACGUUAACUUAACUGAAACCAUUAGCGCUCUGUCCAUGAUCACAAAGGCCGGUGUCCCCUCGGAUAAAGUUGUCGUUGGUGUGACAAGCUACGGGCGAUCUUUUGCAAUGGCUGAAGCUGGUUGUCAUACCCCGGAUUGUUUGUAUACUGGUGGCCCCCAGUCUUCGAACGCAGCAGAAGGUGUAUGCACUCGCACCGCUGGGUAUAUUGCUAAUGCAGAGAUUGAAGAAAUCCUUAAGGAUCCAAGCCGAAUCAAUCAGCACUACGUUGAUGGAGCAAGCAAUAGCAAUGUUCUUGUGUACGACAAUACCCAAUGGGUAGCCUACAUGAGUGCUGAUAUCAGAGAAUCACGGACGGCUCUAUAUAAGUCAUUUAACAUGGGAGGUACUACCAAUUGGGCUAUUGACUUGGACACCUAUCAUGAACCCCCUGCCAACAUUGGGAGUUGGGACGACUUCUUGCAGAACCUCAGGCUUGGAGAGGACCCUUACAAGAUCGGAAACCGGACUGGCAACUGGACUGAGCUAGGUUGCGAUGAUAGGGGUGCCGUGGAUCGCCGUAAUCUAACGCCCUCACAGCGGUGGGGAUUAUUGGACUGUAAUCAUGCCUGGCAGGACGCGAUCGAUAUAUGGAAGACAUACGACAAGCCUCGGUCUGGAGGCGACAAGAAAGCGUUCCUAAAGUCUAUAUUAGACACAAUCAAUGGGCCGGAAGGUGCACAGUGUGACUUAUUAGGCAGCAUGACAUGUGGCUCUACCUUACCAUGCGACACGUUCCACGGGAAAGGUACAGGUGCGGCGGCCUUUCUAAUAUGGAAUUCCUUGGUGGAGAUUCACAAUAUGUACGGCGACAUCGAUAGGAACCUACAACGCGCCACCAAUACUUUAGUCAACCCCGCUCUUGAUGACUUUGAGAACAAGUUCGCUCCAGUGCCACCGCCUCCUGACAAUAAGUGGCUGCUAGUCCUGAUAGAUUUACUCACUAUCGGGACUGCGGGCAUUGGUGGAUUCGUUUUCAAUUCUUGGCUGAAGGAUUUGUCAUAUUUUGCCGCGAAUCCUUCUAGAUAUGAUAAUAUAAAAGAUACCACUUUACUUCUCAUUGGACAGAGUACAAGCCUCGCUAAAGACUUGUUAGAGGCUCCCAAGGUUGGUACGUGGUCUGCACCAAAGCAAGACGAGUUCUCCAACUAUCUAGGUGAAACAAUCAAUGCCUGGGGCAACAUCACAGCAGUCACUCUCAGCGACCUUUUCGACGGCAGUGAUACGUCAAUAGCUACGCUUACAGGCAUUAUCUCCGACGGCAAGCUCAUUGAUGGACGAAAAGAUAAUCAAGAUGAUGUUAGAGUCUUGAAUACUAGAGCCGAUGCACCCAAGUAUGAUGCUGGUAUUGCGAGGAUUAUCUUUGGUUUUGCUAUCCCUACCAUCUGGGCCGCCGCAGGGACGUUCCCUUUUGUCAUUGACUCCGGCUAUCCAUGCGGUACAAUCGAUCCGCUCGACUCUUUCCUCUCUGUGGAAACUAUGCAUGCCACAGCUAGCUGUGUUGACAACAGACUAUACUAUCUAGCUUCACCCAAAGGUGACGCACGUGAAUAUGUGCCUUAUCCCCGCGGUAGCGGCGGAUAUUACAGAAACAACAAGUUCUCAGCACCGCCUGGGGUCGAGUUUUUAAACCAUGGAAACUCUUUCAAGGGUGUUACUUUGGAUGAUAUAGUCAAGGGAGCUGUCAACACAUACAAGCAGAAUGGAGGCAGAAACGGUGGCAAAGUAGCUGACCCUAGCGAUGCUGGGACCCGCGAAAGGCUCGUAAGUCAAGAUAUCACAACGCCAGGCUUCAUCCGCGUGCCUGUUUGCAGCCCUGAUGCAGCCUUCAAGUCAUGGUUGGGAUUGAACAAUGAGCCUGAUACCACAUUGGAAAACUAUCCGUGCUCUCCAUUGGCUAGGGGUAACUGCGCAGCCUCAACGUUCGAGGACCAGACGAACGGCGGGUCCCCACUAGUGUCAGAUUGCAUGACAAUAAUCAAGAACAUUGAAGGAACCAACGGCGAGUGGACUACCCCAGUUGCCGGCAAGAACCAGCGCCAGCUUGUUGACUUUGGGACUUGCAAGUUUGGCGUGGAAGCAACUAAAGUAGACGGAAACAUAGCCUUCUACGUUGGCGCACAGGACAUCGUUGAUAUUAUCACAGAUGUGAUUAAGCAGUUUGCCAAAGACGGCAGGGUUGCUGCCAAGGGCGACAUGUCGUGCCGUGGGAACGUCCAUGGCCAGAAUGUCAAAUGGGGGAUCUAUUAA